AUGUCCCCGGGGAAGCCCGGGGCGGGCGGAGCGGAGCGGAGGCGGAGGAGCUGGAGGCGGCGGCGGCGGCGGCGGCCUCGGCCCCGGCCCCCGGCUGCUGCCCCCGGCGCCGAGGCUGCUGCUGAAGCUGCUGCUCCGCGGCCCCGGCUCGCCGAGCUGCUCCCGGGCUCGCUCUGGGGCGCGCGGAGCCCGAAGCCCAGGGGCGCGGGGGCGCAGCCUCGGCUCUGCCUCCUGCUGCGCCUGGGGCUGCUGCUGCUCGGCUUCGGCCAGAUUGCAGCUGCAGGUGAUUGUGUUGAGUGUGGUCCGAUGACUUUGAGUCCCACAACCACUGAAAUGGACUUGACCGAUAUGCCAGAAAACUUGUCCUUCACCAAUGUGACAAGCAGAGGCAGACAUGUGUCCUGGAGUGUCCAGUCAGAGAGUGCAGUGAACGAGACGAUUGAGGGGCUGAGCCCUGGGGAGAUGCACGAGAUUGAGUUGAAGAAUGGUACCAGUACCUGCUGCACAACGUGGACAACACAACCUAAUCCAGUUUUUGACAUUGAAGUUGUCAGUGUGGGGGCAACUGAGGUGACCCUGACCUGGAACAACUCGGACCAAGCUGCUUCUGAGUACAAAUACAUCGUACAGUACGAGAAGCAACGUGAAAGGAAGGUCAUCACCAGCCAGCACAUGAAUGUUACAAUCCCAGACUUGGAUCCUGGCACUUAUUAUGUAUUCUUCAUCUCCCCAGAGUUGGAAAAUGGGACUCGGGGACUCCCGAAAGCUGUGACUGUCACGACAAAACCAAAUCCAGUGUCUGAGCUCCAGGUCACAAAUGUGAGCAUGACUGAGGCUACUCUAAACUGGCAUUCAGACAAUGACACUGUGGCAACACACAUGCUAUUGGAAAGUUUUGAAGACGAGACUAAUUCAUCCUCCCAGGUGCUACUUAAUGUUUCAGGCCUUGAGCCAGGUUUCCAUUACCAGAUCACUCUGUUUCUUCCAGAACCUUGUCAGGCCCAAGGAGACCCCAAAACUGCAGAAAGCAGGACAGGUGUCAACAGCACAGACGGCAGCAUGGUAGAUGGCUCACUUCAGCCAGCCCCUGAGCCCAACACCUUGGCAGACAAAUGUGGCCUCCAAAAGGGAGCCCCAUUGGCUGCAGAGGUCUCUGGGGACACAAGGGUCAAUGUUAUUGGUUUAAAUUCAGGAACUUCAUACCAGGUCACUGUGUUUUCUCAAGCGGCCAAUGAGACUGAAGGAGAUCCUCGAAGAAGAAUCUUCAAGACAGAUUCUAGUCGAGUGGUUAAUGUCCGAGUUGAGGAAGUCAGUGACACAGAAGUGACCUUGACUUGGGAGAACAGUGAUAACUCAUCGUCUGGCUACAUGUACAGAAUACAUGUUGCUGGGGAUGCCAUUUCCUUUGACCGGAAUUCUAGUAAUACCCAUGUUGCCAUCGGAGGGCUCAAUUCUAGCACAUUGUAUAACUUCACAGUGUAUCCUAGAAGAAAUGAAGAUCCUGAAGGCCAGCCAGCUUUUACCCAGGCUUAUACAGCACCCCAUCAGGUCUCUGAAUUUCGAGUGCAGUAUUUCAACACCACCAGCAUCAGCUUGACUUGGAACAGCGAAGGUUCCUCCUUCAGGAUCCUUGUUAAAGAUCUCACGAAUCAUUCGUUCCCCAGAAAUGAGACACACCAAGAAAAACAGCUUCUAGUUACAGACUUAACACCUGGGACACCCUAUUGUUUUGAAAUAUUUCCUCGAGCACCGGAUGGAAGGGAAGGAGUCUCUCGAAAACUGGAACAAACAACUGAGCCGAGUGCUGUUUCAGACAUUGAAGUUGUAAGUGUUAACACAACUGCAAUACACUUAAAAUGGCAGAACUGGGACAGCGCAUCCCUAGAGUAUCAUUAUCACCUGCUGGUAGAAACAGAUGGAUCCUGGGUCUUUAACUCUACAGUCAGCUUCCUUAAUGAGACCGUUGGAGGCCUACUACCGGGUACACGCUAUAAUGUUACCAUCUAUCCAGAAGCAGGAAAUGGGACGAAAGGGAGUCCAAUGUCGAGAGUUGUGUAUACAAAACCUAGCCCAGUGUCCAACAUCAGUAUUUCAAGCAUCGGUACCACAGAGGUAACGUUAAGCUGGCAGGAAACUGACAGUCCGUCCACUGGCUACACCUAUCUCGUCAUUCUUGUUGAGGGAGGGUCUGUCAGGCCAGGAUCAACGCCCAUCAACCAGACACUGAGAGUCAGAUAUGCUACAAUCACAGACCUGAGCCCCGGCACUUCUUAUGAAGUUGCAAUCUAUUCCCAAGUAGGAGAAGAUGAUCUUCAAGGAGAGCCUGCCCAUCAAUCCUUCUGUACAGAUGCUGCAUCUGUAGCUUUCCUUGAGUGCAAUCCAGUGCCCAAACAAUCGACCCUCACUUUAAGAUGGCCCUGCCCCCCUGGCAGCAACAGUGGCUUCAGUCUGACUAUCAAUAGUGGGGAGUGGAGCCAGGAAAUAAGCCUCCCACCCUGCAAUUCGACAGAUUUGGCUGAUGACUUUAAUGUGGCACAUUUAAAUUAUUCUACUACCUACAACAUCAGCCUUACCACCUUGUCCUGUGGGAAAAAGAGUUUCCCCACCCAGAAUGUUUCCCAAACUAGUAUCACAGACCCACCUCCUCCAGAUGGAUUGCCAAAUAUUUUCCCCAUCAGCCACAACUCAUUGAAAGUAAAAUUUGGCAAGUUUGAGGCCAGCCACGGACCAAUAACAGCAUAUGCGGUCAUCCUCACCACGGAUGGAAGUGGUAACAAGUCUUCUGUUGACUUUUUGAAAUAUACCUAUGAUGAUUUCAAGAAAGGAACUUCGAAGACUUACGUGACUUACCUCAUGUCAGUGAAAGAAGAGAGAGCUGCCUCGGCUUUGUCUGAUGUCUUGAAGUAUGAAGUCAUUGUAGGAAAUGAAUCUACCACGGAUGGCUAUUAUAAUGGGAAAUUGGAACCCCUCAGUUCCUAUCGGGCUUGCAUUGCUGGAUUCACCAAUAUUACCUUUGACAGCCUCCACCUCAUUAAUGGCACAGAAAGCUAUGUCUCAUUCAGCCUCUAUUCGGAUGCAAUCUCUUUACCUCAGAAUCCAGCUGUUAUCUGCGGCGCUGUCUUUGGGUGUAUCUUUGGUGCCCUGGUGAUCGUGGCUGUUGGAGGCUUUAUUUUCUGGAGAAGGAAAAGGAAAGAUGCAAAGAAUAGUGAUGUGUCCUUUUCUCAAAUUAAACCUAAAAAAUCCAAAAUAAUUAAAGUGGAGAAUUUUGAAUCGUACUUUAAGAAACAGCAGGCCGACUCCAACUGCGGUUUUGCAGAAGAGUAUGAAGAUCUGAAGCUCAUCGGUGUUAAUCAACCGAAAUUUGCAGCUGAGAUUCCAGAAAAUAGAGGAAAGAACCGAUAUAAUAAUGUCCUACCAUAUGACAUUUCUCGUGUGAAGCUUUCCAUCCAGACACAAGUGACUGAUGACUACAUUAAUGCCAAUUACAUGCCAGGCUACUACUCUAAGAAGGAAUUUAUUGCCACUCAAGGACCCUUACCAAAUACGCUAAAAGACUUUUGGCGUAUGGUCUGGGAGAAAAAUAUUUAUUCUAUUGUUAUGUUGACCAAGUGUGUUGAACAGGGAAGGACCAAAUGUGAGGAAUACUGGCCUUCCAAACAAACCCAGAACUAUGGGGAUAUAACUGUUGGCAUAAUAUCAGAAAUCAUUCUUCCAGAAUGGACAAUAAGGGAUUUCACAGUGAAAAAUAACAAGACCAGUGAGAGCCAUCCUUUGCGUCAGUUCCAUUUUACUUCCUGGCCUGACCACGGCGUGCCGGACACCACAGACCUGCUCAUCAACUUCCGCUACCUGGUCAAUGAUUACAUGAAGCAGAGCCCUCCAGAGUCCCCGGUGCUGGUACACUGCAGUGCUGGAGUUGGCAGGACAGGUACAUUCAUCGCCAUAGACAGACUCAUCCACCAGAUGGAGAACGAGAAUGCCGUAGACGUGUAUGGGAUUGUAUAUGACCUCCGCCUGCAUCGACCCCUGAUGGUGCAAACAGAGGAUCAGUAUGUCUUCCUCAAUCAAUGCGUUUGGGAUAUUAUCAAAUCUCAGAAAGACUCCAAAGCUGAUCUCAUCUACCAAAACACGACGGCCAUGACCAUCUAUGAGAACCUCGCGCCAGUGACUGCUUUUGGGAAGACAAAUGGUUACAUUGCUUAAUUCCAAAGGAAAACCUUCCUGCCCAGGGAUUCCUGGGCCCGGCACCCCCACAGUAAAGGGAAAUGAAUGCACUGUUGUGGAUAUGUUUUUAUAUGUACAGUGUCUUAAUUUGUGUGUGUGCGUGUGCGUGUGUGUGUGCGUGUAUGUAUUCUGUUUGGUUACGACCAAUCGAAGGCUUGAAGAUACAUAUGUAAGAAAAUGCAAACAAGAAGUCGGACUUCAGGGACUGUGGCUGAGUAAACCAACUACAUUCCGGAUUAAGAAUAGGAUGAGUUGACUUUUUCCCUGGGGGUUGCAGACCAACGAGGAAAAGUGAGCUGCAAAUCUUUCCCCCUCUUCUUUCUAAAGGACACACUUGUUCUCGUUCUCUCUCUCUCUCUCUCUCUCUCUCUCUCUCUCUCUCUCUCUCUCUCUGUCUCUCCUUCUCUCUUUUUUUAAAUGAGCAAACUCUUUUAUAUGGUUCACAUUCUGAAGCCAAGAUUGUGUUGAGUUGACUAUAUUUUGAGGAUCAGAAGUCUAUUUUUACCUACUGUAUCUUGGAAUCUCACUGAUGGAUAAAUGCAUAAUUUUGGUUGUUUAUAGUGUCAAAAGGGAGAUGUGGUAUCUCCUCCAUGUGGAUUUUAUAUUUAAACAUGUGCCUUUCCUAAUUAUGCUUCUGUAGGCAAAAAUCAGUAGAUAUCUAUAUUUUUAUAUUGAAUCUCAUAAUUGGAAUAUACAUUAUAUUUAAAAAUAGAUUAGUAGAAAAGGCUUAGCCUUUUCAGUGCCAUUCCUAUGGUGUUUUUUAAAGCAGCCUUUUCUCUCUUUCAAAUCCCAUCUUCUCUUAUUCCCUCUUUCUUUUUUCUUUUCUCUCUUUUCUCUCUUUUCUCUUUCUUCCCUCCCUGUCUUCUUUCCUCCCUUUCUAUGUUUCCCUCCUCUCUUUCCCCCUUCCUCAUCUUUCUUUCCCCUCUUCCUCUCCUUUCUUCCUCCCCUUCACUCUAGUUGACUACCCUUUACUUCCCCAGUUUCUUCCCAAAGACUUGGUCACUUUUGUCCCCCAGCCCUUCACUGGCUGGGCAGGGGUAGGGAUGGGCUCUCUGCCCCUACAGUGACACAGCUCCGCUUGCCCAACCUGGGCUUUUUUGUUGUUUCUGUGUUUGGUAAGAAGGAUUAUUUAAAGGUGCAAUAUGUGACGUAGUGAUUCACAAUGCUCUAUGUUUUUUAGUAGAGAUUUACUCAGGUUGGUAUUUUAUGUAUGUCUUUUUUUUUUUAAGAAAAAUAUGUGUAUGAUUCUGUGAAAACUUCUGUGUAAUGAUCAGUGUCCAAUCAGGCCCCCUCUCCCUCCCCCAAGUCCACUGGCUCUUGUCUCUAUUAGCAGUGACAUGCAUUGAUAUCUACUGUAUAUAUAUCAAACUCCUGUGAGUCAGAACUGAGGUGUAAAAAAUUUGAAUUUGUAUCAAAGAUGUAAUUAUUAUUUUAAAAAAUUCUUUUCAAUAUACUGCUGCUGUCAUGAA